AUGACAGUUACGCCUAGCGUGUAUAUAUUGGAAUGUGAACAGUGCGACGAUAGGGAUAAUGUUUUUGGUGGUGGUGGAGGUGGUGGUAGUGUUGGUAAUGGUAAUGGUGGUGGUGGUGGCGGUGGUGAUGGUAGUGCUGGUUGUGGUAGUGGAGGGGGUGAUGAUGAUGUUGGCGAUGAUGGUAGUGGUAAAAAAGAUGGUGGUUAUGAUGAUGGUUGUGGUGGUUGUUGUAGUAGUGGCAGUGGCGAUGGUGAUGCUGGUGGUGACGACGAUGAUGGUCGUGGUGGUUAUGGUGGUGCUGUUGACCAUAUGCAUGAGAUGAGACCAACUACUUAUAGACCAAAUAUAUUUGAUGGUGAACAGUACGAUGAUGGGGAUAAUUAUUUUGAUGGUGGUGGCGGUGGUGGUGGUGGUAGUGGUGAUUGUGGUGCAGGUUGUGAUGGUGGAGGUGUUGAUGAUGGUGUCGGCGAUGAUAGUAAUGGUAAAAGAGAUGAUGGUGAUGCUGGUGGUGGUAAUGAUGAUGUUGGUGACGAUGAUGAUGGUUAUUAUGGUAGUGGUGUUCAUGGUGGUGCUGGUGGCGAUGGUGGUGGUGGUGGUGCACGAUGA